CGUGGCCUUGGAUGAAAGUUCAGCUUUUAUUUGUGUAACGCUUAAGUUACUUCUAAAAAAAAACUUUCGAUUGAUAUUACAGUUAAAGUUGGACAUCAAUCAGUUAUUUUCACACAGUGAUAGCAAAAUGAACAAAUUAGGAUACGGCGUGCUAAACUCGUGUACGUUUAGCGUAACCUAGCGUUAGGACCACGAGAGUGACGAGAGAGACAUAUCCUGAAAACGGCUGCGAAACGUCUGUCACUAGACUAAACUUUCACCACUCAAUUAAACAAUUUACACGAUCAACACAUUUCUCGCGGUUUACAAGGUAUUAUACACGUAAUAUUCUAUCGAUUUACACUUAAUUAGCGCGCGGGCCAGCGAUAUAUUUUUUUCGUGGCAGCUCAACGGCAGCAACACUGGUAAAUCGCAUGGACCAGUCCGGGAUUAAGCCUGAAAAAAUGGAGCUGGUUGUUGUCACUCAUAUUGUGGAUGCCAUCACGUUUUGGGCUCAGAAUGUGACAGACAAAGCAAAUGAGAAGAUAGAUGCUAUGCUGUCAGAGAAGUGUCCAACUGCCCAGAUUUUGAUGGCCAGGCCAAGUCCACAAAAGGUUUACGGGGCACGAUAUUCAGAGGACAGGUGCUGGUACAGGUGUACAGUACAACAACAAUCAGAUGACAAGUACAUUAUUUCGUACAUUGAUUAUGGAAAUAUGGAGAUUCUCAGCCGAUCUGAUUUAGUUGAACUUCCAGAGGACUUGCAGACCCCUGGACUUGCAAAAAAGUACAAGUUCUGGGGCUUUCAUGUGUUGAGCGAGGAGGAAACUCCCCUUUAUUCACAGGGGAGGUCCUUCCUUCACAACAUCAUUCACGGGAAGAAGUUACGUGUCAAUAAGAAGUCGGUUUGCUUUGAUGGAACCAUCCUGGUUCAAGCCUUCCAGGGAAAUCUUGACAUUGGUGAGGAGCUGUUGAAAUUUAAGUUUGCCAAAUUAACUCUCCCGGGCAAACGGGAGACAGCGCUGUGGCCCACCAGCAGCCCCCCAAGGGAGUUGGAGACACUCGUAUCCUCCCAAGGAUGCAUGCCCAAAUUACGCCCAAUAUUCUCUGACCAGAAACCUCAAAUCAUGAAGGAGCAGAAAACUGUCAUUGCACUCCAACCUGUGGUGAAACUGAAUAUUGGACAGGAACGUAAUGAAGAGGUCAAGCCAUCAAAGGCAGAUGAUCAGCAGAACACUCAGGAAACCGACAAGAGAUUGAAUGACACCAAUUCUGAACUGCAGUAUACCCAGAGGAUGAGAGAGGUAAUGAAAGAGAAGGAGAUGGAGAUCAUUAAGCUAAAAGAAGAAGGAAAGGCUCUCCAGCAGCACUCGGUUCUCCUGGGACAGCAGCUAGAGGAGGCCAGACUGGAGCUCAAGGCACUGAAAGGGAGUUAUGUGGAGAUAAAGAAGACAGAACAUAAUCAUCUUUCAACAUUUGCAGACAAAAUUACCCAGCUGGCAAAGAAAGCGGAUUCGUUGAGCAAACUAAGGGACAGUAAUUCAUGUUCCCGUGCCGAAGAUCACAUUCUAGAAGCCAUCACCAUCAUCAUGAACUACAGGAUCUCAAUGCCUCUGAACUCACAGAAGCUGGAGGUUUUGUGGGAAAAUUACAAUCAGACCUUAGAGAAUCUAAAAGCCUGUCAAACCAUGGGGGAAAUGGAGUGUUUGGUGAACAGCAGAAAUGAGGCCCGUGCCGCUCUCUCUGCUAGUGUGGAUGACUUUCUGCAAGAGGUGGACGAGCUGCCUGUCAAUGCACGACUGGAGAGACUGACGGAGUUGGGGUCAUCUUUGACUGCUCUGUUUGGUUCAGUGUUGCCGGAGGAGCAGGUCGACGAGCACUCGUUUGAGAAGUUCUGUGAAUGGAGUAGGGAGAAACACCAGAAAACCAAAAAUGUGCAGAAAGCUACCGAUGAGGCUCUCAUGGCUCUUAGCAACUGGGCAGCCAGGCUUAGCAAGUUUUUCUGUUUGAUGGAGAAAACGUCGGUGACCGGAGAGGAUGUUGCUGAAGGAGUGUGUGAGAUCCUGAUGAAUGCUGAAGCUGCAGUGUGUGAAGAACUCAACACUGCCUUAUCUGAACAGAAGAGCCAGGAGAGGAAAAUAGCGUUUAAUGCCUUUCACAAAGCCAUGCAAGACAUCCGAAAAGAACAGAUUUUGUUAGAGGACACCAGGCAGAAGUAUGAGCUCAGUACGAAGUUUAAGCAGGAGGUGCUGCAGUGGCAGAACGGUCCUCCUAAACUGGACGAGCUGUUUGCAGUGAAGAAGCACAUCAGGGGCUUGAGAUCUCAGCUGCGCUGGAAACUAGUGGAGGUCAGCUGUCUGGAAGAGGCAGAAGACCUGGAUCUUCCAGAGAUCCUGAAGAAGAAGGAGGAGAUCACUGAGACGAGGAACGCUCUCUUUCGAGAAAUCAGCCAUGAGAAGAUGGAAUAUUUAAUGCUGUGUGACCUGGUGAACAAAGGGUUUCCUGAGUUGCCAAUGAUCUUCCCUGAUGCAGAUAUCAACAGCUACAAGAGCUCUGCAGGACUGUUACUGAAGAGCUUGGACAGAGACAUGUUUGAUGCAGAGCCAAUGAAAGAGCUGAGUGGGAGGAGACCUCUUCUGAGUACAGACUUCCAGGGGCGGAAAGUAGUCUUGAAGUGUUACGCUGUGGAUGAAGAGUCAGAGGACAAGAUGCUUAAACAAGCUGCCCAGUAUCACACAGCUCAGCAGCAGAACCCAUCCAAAGCCGUGCCUCUUAUAGCGCUGUUUUGCGGCAAGUCUGAUCCACUGGCGUACGUCAUGGUUCCACACUAUUCUAAUGCAAGCCUCAGAACCAUUCAGAAAUCUUCUCCACUGUCGUCUUCUGAGAUUAAAAGGGUGAUGAGAGAUGUAGCUCUAGGACUACAUGGUCUUCAUGCGGUAUCUGUUACUCAUGCAUCGCUGCAUCCCAACAACGUGUUUGUCCUGGGCCGAGAGAAAGGCAUUGUGGGGGACUAUGAUUUCACGAAGACACCUGAGCAGAGGGCGACUGACAGUGGAAUGGUGGCUGGUUCUAUCAGUCUGGUGGCUCCAGAGUUGAGAAAGGGUCAUCCCCCGUCCCCGGCCACUGACAUGUAUGCCUUUGGAGGCAUCUUGCUCUGGCUGCAUGUUCCCGACUUCAAUGCAACUCUAGAGAGUGAGAAUCAGAAUGUGCAGUUUACUGGAUUGCAUCUGGAUGACAACUUGCAAGUCCUUCUCCCAAAGUUACUGAUUUCUUCUGAAAGACCGUCUGCUCCUGAGACCCUAAAGGAUGCUUACCUCACGUCGGCUGACUUCUAA